UGCAGACUUUUUUUGAAGUGAUCGAAAUGUCCACUCCUGAGUCAAGUAAAAUUACAAGCGUUUAUCCCAAGUCUCGUCAGGAUGUGAUUCGCUGGGAUGGUUGGGGCUACAAGGAUUCGCGUUUUGUGUUCAAAGAUGGGACGUUUACGUUUGUCGGUGAUCGAUACCCGUUGACUGGGAAUUUGGACAAUUUUCGUGAUUGGGUGUUGGACAUGUUUAAGAUUCACCCAACUCAGGCAAGCAAAUCUGCGGUUUUACCGAAGGAGUUUCCGGAACCGCUGAAGAAUCAGGCAUUUUUAAAUGCACUCGCAGAAGAAAAGAUAGAUUUUUCGGAAGAUGGAAUGGAUCGAAUGAUGAGGUGCCAUGGUCAAACGUUACAGGACAUUCAAAAUUUGCGUCAACAUAACUUCAAGAGGCUUCCGGAUGUGGUAGUUUGGCCCACUAGUCAUGAACAAGUGGUGAAGAUAGUGGACUUUGCUGGGAAGCACGAUGUCGUUCUGCUUCCUGUUGGCGGAAAUACAUCGGUUUCGCUAGCGUCAACUACUCCAGAAAUCUUUGACCGAUCCAUUGCAGUGUUGGAUAUGACUCAGAUGAAUCGGAUGCUGUGGUUUUCAAAGGAAAACAUGACUGCCUGUUUCGAGGUCGGCGUGAUAGGUCAGGACAUUGAGAAAGAACUUCGUAAAUACGGCUUCACUUUGGGACACGAGCCAGAUUCGCACGAGUUUUCUUCGCUUGGAGGAUGGAUCGCGACACGUGCUUCCGGUAUGAAGAAGAAUCGCUACGGAAACAUCGAGGACAUUGUCAAACGGAUCAAAAUGGUCACUGCAAAGGGUGUGCUCGAGAAGCAAUUUACAGCGCCGAGAUGCUCUAUAGGUCCUGACUUCGAUCACGUGAUGUUCGGUUCAGAAGGAACGCUUGGAGUUAUUACGGAAGCAGUGGUCCAGAUUCGUCGCAUUCCGGAUGUUCGCCAUUAUGAAUCACUUGUAUUCUCCGACUUUGAAACUGGAGUUCGAUGCUUACGGGAGGUAGCUGACAAACGGCUUCAACCAGCUAGCAUUCGGCUGAUUGAUAACAUCCAGUUCAGAUGCAGCGUUUUGCUGGAUCCUGCCGGAGUUUGGUUCGCUGGAAUGAAGGAACAGCUGAAAAAGUUUUAUUUGUCCUUCAUGUGUGGCUUCGAUAUGGAUACAAUUGCUGCGGCAACGGUUAUGUUUGAAGGGGAUGCGGACUUUGUCGCUAAUCAUGAGAAGCAGUUUUAUUCAAUUGUAAAAAAAUAUGGGGCCAUUAGAGGUGGAGAGAAAAAUGGCAAGAAAGGAUAUCAGCUGACCUUUGUUGUGGCUUACAUCAGGGACAUUGCUUGGGACAUGAACAUUGUUGGAGAAUCGUUCGAAACGGCCGUUGCUUGGGAUAAAUGUCUUACUUUGUACACCAACGUUAAAGCCUGCAUGGAGAGGGAACUCGCAAAACGUGGAAUUCAAUAUUAUGCCAUUUCCGGAAGGGUAACUCAAAGCUAUGAUACGGGAUGUAGUGUGUACUUCUACCUUCUGUUCAAGCACAUGGAUAAUCCAGAGCUUUCUCUGAAGAUGUUUAUGGAGAUCGAGGAGGCAGCGAGGGAUGAAAUUUUGACUUGCGGGGGAACUUUGAGUCAUCAUCAUGGUGUGGGGAAGCUGAGAAGCAAGUGGUACCCUGCUGUAGUUUCCCAAGUGGGGGCUGGUCUUUACAGAGCCUUGAAGAAAGAACUUGAUCCUAACAACAUAUUUGCAGCUGGUAACAUACUUGGAGAAAAUAAUCAGGUGUCUAAAUUGUGAACAUUGAUGAUUUUCGCAUAGAGACAUAUUUAGGACAAUGCUCUCUAGCAUCACUUUUUUUUGCUUAGUAGAUUACCCAACUUUGUUUAAAUAGUUGAUUCUUAUCGAGUGAUACUAAAGUUUCAAUUGCAUUUAUAUCAAGAUACUUUAUGAGGCAUACAUUCAACUGAUGAGAAUUGAACUACGGUCUGAAUACUGAAAUAAUUUUACGGGCACUGAAUUGCUCCAUAUUUAAAAAUGAAAGAACACAUUUAUUUGUACAACAAAAACCAUUAAUACCGGAACAACUCAAAAAAUCUUAAUAAAUAGAUGUCCUAAAUCGCCAAAUAUUGAUUUCGGGGAUUCGGUGUUGAUAAUAACAUC